GACAUGAAUCUCCUACCAAAAACACGUGAAGAAUUUGCCAGCAAAUCAUACUGGGAUAGUUUUUUCAAGAAGCGCAAAAAUGCUUUUGAAUGGUAUGGUGAAUACUCUCACUUAUGUGGCAUGUUACACAAACAUUGCAAACCUGUUGAAAAAGUGUUGAUGGUGGGUUGUGGUAAUUCGAAACUUAGUGAAGAUAUGUAUGAUGUUGGUUACCAUCAUAUUGUCAACAUAGAUAUUUCAGAUUUGGUUAUCAAACAAAUGAUUAAAAAAAAUAAUGUGAACAGAAGUAAAAUGAGAUAUAUCAAAAUGGAUAUUAAGGAGACAAGUUUUGAUAAUGAGGAAUAUGAUGUAGUAAUAGACAAGGGGACAUUGGAUGCUUUGUUUACAGAUAAUAAAGAAGAAACUGUAAAUGGUAUAAAGAAGAUGUUUGGUGAAAUACACCGCACAUUGAAAACAAAUGGAAGAUACAUCUGUGUCACACUUGCACAGGGACAUAUACUUGAACAAUUACUUUCACACUUUGGCGCAUCAUGGCUGGUCCAUGUCUACAGGAUUGAAAUUACGAAUGAUAAAAAUGAAGACACAUUGGGUGGAAAGCUGCCAGUCUUUGCGUUUAUUUUCACAAAAGUGAUAAAUACCUUAUCUUUACCAAGGUGGAGUUUGUCACUUUCAGAUGGUUCUGAUCCUGAAGACUUUUCUUCUGUGGAUGAAUUGAAGACUAACAUUCAAAAUCUCCAGGGAUAUGCUAUUAUUCAAAAUAAACUAGUUAACUCGAGCCUUGACGAAAUAGUGACAGUAGAUCUAUGGAGUGAUGUUGUCAAGAGUCCAGAACCUAGAUAUUCUUUAACAGUUGUCGAUACUGCUAUAUCUAAACUUUCAUCCAAUAACGGCAAAUUUGCCAUUUUUAUUGUUCCACAAGGUCAUGAAUAUGAGUACACUUAUUCUACUGAUGAUGGAAGAAAAUCGUUAGCCGAAAUUGCUGGUUUUACCCGACUUGUUAUUGCUUCUCUUCAUCGUGGGCAUGUUUAUGCAAAUGUAGAGGAGAUCAAAACUGAAUUAUCAAAAAAAGUGAUGGAGCUUGCACCACCUGGACUUAGUAAAACAGCACAGGUUCCAUUUCUAACAGCAUCUUCAGAUAUUGGCAAUAGAGAUGUUCAACAUGAAGAUUCUUCUGCUGUGUAUGGUCCGUAUCUUGUAGAAGAUGUACAGUCCUCAGAUCUGUAUUAUUACCGACAGUUGUUGUUUCGAAGUGAUCUGAAUAUCAUUCAUGCACAAGCUCGCCUUAUGAUAGAUAAAUCAUCUAAAAGAAAGAUCAAGUUGAAGAAACGCAUUUGCGACCAUCGAUAUCUGAUGUUGUCCUCCUGUAAAGCCAUGCUUGCUGGGUUAACUUUAGUGAAGAAUUUAACCUUCGCGAAUCCAGGUAUGUUCAAUGUUUUGGUUCUUGGAUUGCAUGGUGGAUGUUUUGUUAGCUUUUUAUUGGAUUUAUUUCCUGAGGUCCAAGUCACUUGUGUUGAAAGGGAUCCACAAAUGAUCGACGUUGCUAAUACGUAUUUUCAACUACCGAUCGAAAACGAGAGAUUACAAAUGGUUUCGAUGGAUGUAACUGAAUACCUUCGGACGAACCAGCAAAAAGCUACACCGCUCAUGUUCGAUGUUGUUAUUAUGGAUAAUCGCGCUAAUAGAUAUAUCAAAAAAAUUGUUUCGAGUAAUAAUAAUGACGUCACACAACAAAUAUUGGCACACGUUAAAUCUUCACUGAAAUCCGAAGGCAUAUAUAUGCGUCAUGAGGUCAGCCACAAGAAAAACAAGAGCGAAUUGGAAGACUUGGCAACCGUAUUUUCGACUGUUUUUGAAACCGAACUAGACGACUCUUCAAACGUACUUUACAUUUCGUUCUCACAUGGCGUCGAUAUGAAUGAGCUAGUAUUGAUGAGUCAGCAAAAAUUAAUAGAACUAAAGAAAUAUAUUCAAGAAAAACGGAAAGGGUUUUAUAUAAAAGAUGAAUGGGAAAUUUCUUGUUACAUUGAAAAUCUACGAAAUGUGUCAGAGUAAGAAAAAUAUGUUUUUCGGUGCCAUGUUCUUUCUAAUUA